CUGGGGAUACAGCCUUACAACUUUCUUAAUCAUCUUCUUUUUCUAAAUCAAAGAAUGUCAAGCACAAGUUUAUCUGGAUCUUCUGGGUGUCGCCUAGCAUCCAUAUUGGCUGUUGCUUGUCUCAUCACCCUGAGUGCUAUGUUCUUCUAUACUUCACCUAUGAUCAGACGCCCACCACCCUUACCUGCACCUAAACAUUACCUGGAAAGAACCGACAUGACAAAGACAAACUCCUCCUUAUAUGCAAAAGAAGAGAAACCAAUACUUUUGUUAUGGGUCUGGCCUGAAAACUACAGAUUCGAUCUGAGUGACUGUAAAACUAUUUACAACAUUGAUGGCUGUCACCUGACAGAUGAUAGAUCUCUCUAUAACAACACAGAUGCUGUGCUGCUUUUUCAUAAAGCUAUUCGUCUGCACACACUUCCUCCAUCUCCUCGCCCUCCGUUUCAAAAGUGGAUAUGGAUGAAUGUUGAAUCGCCAACUAACACAUGGAAAAUACCAGGAAUUGAAAACCUGUUCAAUCUGACUCUCAGUUAUAGAGAGGACUCUGACAUUCCUGUCCGGUUACGACUGACCAGCAGAAAGAUCCCAGAUGAGGAUUUUGAAAUUCCCAAAAAGGAAAAACUCAUCUGUUGGGUUGUGAGUAACAAUGCAGCCAGCACAGGUGUUGGCACGAGAAACACUUACUAUACAGAACUUAGUAAGUACGUCUACAUACACGUGUAUGGAAAAGCUUAUGGAACGUUCCUGGAUUAUAAUGACUACUAUCCCACCAUAGCCAGCUGUAAAUUUUAUCUCUCCUUUGAAAACUCCAUUCACAAAGACUACAUCACUGAGAAGUUAAAUGGACCUCUGGCAGUAGGUACUGUACCUGUGGUGCUGGGACCUCCCCGAAAAAACUAUGAAAGGUUUAUACCGGGUGACUCCUUCAUUCAUGUGAACGACUUUCCUGAUGCAAAGUCACUAGCAGAAUAUCUUAUCCGUCUGGACCUCGAUGACGACGCAUAUCGCAGGUACUUUAACUGGAGGAGACAUUUCUCAGCUCGACCUCAUUUAAUAUUACAGAACCAAGAGUUUGUUCUGGCUAUUUGUACGGCCUGUGAUUAUGUAGGAAGACACAAGGAAUAUAAAGAAGCUCAUGAUAUCUAUGAAUGGUUUUUCAACUAAUGUCAUCUCAGUUACAGGUAUUUUAUAGGUAUGUUAUUUUGUAAGGAAUAAUUGACGACGGGCCAUUGAAUUAUAAGAAAAUAAUGCACACCCAAGGUGCAAUGCCGCUUCGCGUCGUGCCGUUACACCGCAGGUGUGCGCUAUUUUCAAAUAAUUCAAAGGACCAGAGUCAAUUAUUCCUCUUACACCACAAACAUUGCUCUGGUGCCUAUUUUUAAGACAUUUGACAAGUUAGUUGUGCGGUUAUCAGAAAUGUAUGCAUACUCACGGAACAUUUCUCAGCCAAUCAGAAUACAGCAUUCAACAGACCCGUGGUAUAAUUAAAGUUAAUUUAACUCUAUGAGGAGACACCUGAUUGUAUUUUUUCUCCUUAGGAAAUAUAAAGUAUUUCAUGAGCUCUAUACAAACUGUUUUUAUAUCACAUAUUUUAGCACAGUUGUUUGUAACAAAUCGUAUGAUUUCAAAGCAUUUUGACAAUUAGUGAUCUGUUUGUUUUGA